AUGUUCUCUUCCUACUUCCCAUUCCAGAUUGAGUAUACUGCAUGGAAGGUUAGCUAUGAUUAUGUGGAGAACUGGAACUCUAAGGAUUUCGAUGAUUCUACAUGGGCAUCGAAGAAGGCCAAAGAUAUUGGAACGAAUUCUAAAGUCACAACAUACAUUCGCAAGGAAGUGAACAUCCCCGAUAUUGCCAACUACCAUGUGCUGAAUAUCCGUGUGAAGUAUGCUGGAGGAGUUGCUGCUUACUUCAAUGGCAGAUUGGUGGCUCGAUUCAAUCUGGAAGAGAAUUUCGAUGAAGAAUCACAAUCUCUCCAGGUCCACGACGCGGAGGAGUUCUCCAAGUUCCAUGUGAUCAUGUCGACGGUUGGUGGAAUAACCGGAAAGAACAUCAUGGCAUUUGAGGUCCAUCUUCCAGCUGGCCAGUCCUCCUCGAAUCCUGUUGUGUUCGAUGCUACUGGCGUGUUUGGCGUGAACGACUGCUCCAUUGUGGUGGACACAUACAGCUCGAUUGACGGAUCCACUGUGAAUAUGAUAACGGUCGAAGAACUGUUGAAUCUGAAUCCUUCCACUUAUGGCUACCAAGCGAACUCCCAGGGGUCGUAUGUCGAGUGGGCUGUGGAAAAUCUGGAAGGAACGAAGUUUAACAGCUUCGCCAUCCAGUCUCCCUAUGGAGGAUCGGGAUUCGGAUUCUCUUUGUAUGUUCGCAAGGAGACAUCUGAUGAAUACACCUCGUCUUUGGAAGUCACUGGACAGACUCUUGAGUACAUGGACCGUACUGCGUGGUCCGUCCCCUUGGGUAUUGCUGGAUUCAAACAGAUCAAGUAUGAGGUGGAUGUUGCUGCCUACAGUAUAAUCUACAUAAGCACGUUCAUUCUCCAAUACUGCAAGCCUAGCGGAGCUGGAGUGUGUCCUGGAAUCGGCGAUUAUCCGUCUGUGGGAGAGGGAGAAAUCUCGCCCGCUUCUUGCGAGGAAGGAUAUCGUGGAUAUUCGUACCGCACGUGCUCUGGGGGUGUGUUGGGUGACGUCAACAACCAGUACUGCACACAGAAAGUCCCUGAUAAACUUUUGUACGAUGCUUCUAUCUACAAUCUUGUCCUGGGAACCAAUGUCCAUGUUGCUAAACCUUCGUAUUUGAACAUCAUCGAGGAGUUCUAUUUGGGUGAAAAUAUCCAGCUUCCUCUUGGAUUGGAGCUGAAUGCCAAGACUGGAGAAAUCACUGGAGUUCCCGUUGAAGAAAUGGCAUUAAGAGCAUACACAAUCUACGGAAAGAAUCUGGUUGGCGUCACCUUUGUUGAGAUCGAUAUUUCUGUUAGAAGGGGAACCUGCAAGGAUGAUGGAAACUUCCUCACUACGAAUGUUGGAGAAGUCUUUGUCUAUGAUUGCGCUAAGGGUGGUGCAUACGUGGGGACUGAGAGAAGAACUUGCUACCUUGGAGAAAAGGAUGGAGAAUGGGGUCCAAUUUCGGGAGCCUGUAUAUCUAUUGCGACUAUCAUCGUUUUGGUGGUCAUAGCGCUUAUCGUUAUUGCGAUUGUCGUCUUUGUUUUGGUCCGUGUGUCUAGAAAAGCGAAGGCUGUAGGUGGUGUGAAGGGAAGGAGCGCGAAGAGUACAUCUUCCAAGAAGAGUCUAUCCAAGAACAAUAGUGACAAGAAGACAAGUGACAAGAAGGCUGUUAAAAUCUAA